AGAGGCUUGGAUUUGUUCUCUAUAAUUUGCCGCGUGGUAGUAUAUAUAUAUAAGAACAGUACAAGUAUUCAGCAGCUGCAGCUAGCUACAGAGCAUCCCUACUCGUGCAAGAAACUACUAAACACACUUUCCCAGAAGCUAAGAAACAAGAUGGCGGGACUGGAUGAGGUUCAGCUGAGACCAGAAGAUGAUGGUGACUUUGACAUGGCUGAUGAGGUGGAGGGUCUCAAAUCUCGAGUAACACGAAAGAAGGGACGAGGCUUUGAUGACAAAGUACAAGAGCAGAGCGGAGUAUUUGAUAGAGUGGAGGAGGUCGGGGACGGACCAGGACCACUCAAGUCUGUUGAGGGUUGGAUAGUGUUUGUGAAGAAUAUUCACGAGGAAGCACAGGAAGAUGAUGUCAAUGAAGUGUUUGGAGCAUACGGAAAUAUCAAGAAUAUCCACAUUAACCUUGAUCGCCGAACAGGCUUCAUUAAGGGUUAUGUUCUGGUCGAGUAUGAGACAUUCAAGGAAGCUAGCAAGGCUAUAGAGAACAUGAAUGGUGCAAAAAUGCUGGGUCAGCAGAUACAAGUUGACUGGGCCUUUGUUAAGCCUACGACUGAGAGGAGAAGGAGCAGGCGGUAGAAAUACAAGACAAGGCAAAAAGAACUCAGUAACUCUAUUACUGCAAUGUACAUAGUUCAUUCUAUCUGGCUGUUAUUCUGUCUGGCUGUUAUUUUCUUCCUCUUUGUUCAAUUCUUGUGACCUGGAAAGAAACAGAUUUUGACAAUAAUG